CCGGCAUUUUUUGGGCGCUUAUUGACGUAUAAACGACAAUGAUUAUAGCUCUGUAACGUGUAUUUUUGCGAAUUUCUAAUUUAUUACUUCAAUUUAACCAAAUGAGCCAUGUUUCCAACUCCACCGACGAAGUGGUCAGAAACUAUUUGGCGGCGAAGUCGAUGGUCACCAGUUUGAAAGCUUUCGAUCAGGAAUCUUCAUUUGCCAAAGAAGCUAACUAUCAGGUAGAUAGAUGCAUUGACGAGAUGACAGAUGCCAUUGAUAAACACGACGUGGACACUUUAUGCGCAAUGUGGGAGUCUUGGAAUGCCCGCGUUUUUCAUAGUUUAGAUACGGAAGGAAUAAAACAAGCGCAAUGUUACGAAGCCAGCGCCUAUCGAUUAUUUCUCGUUCGGUGUGUUCAAAAGAAAAACAUUUCAAAAUGCAACGAAUUUUUCCGGAAAAUGUCGUCACUUACGUUAAACAAUCCGCAAUGGGCAGAUUGGUUUGCAUUUCCCUACAACCACCAUGCAAAGGACACCGAGCCAUUUAGAAAGUAUUUUGAUAAAACGUGGAUUGAAAUAUACUACGUAUCACUUCAUAACUUUUUGUCGACAAGUUUGGCGAACGUUUCUCCAAGUGUUAUCGGAACGAUUGUAGAAGGAAUAGCAAGAGAUCCGACUGGAAACGAUCAUGUGGAUUUCGAUGAAGAUUUGAUAGACGACUUCGCAGUAAUUGCUCAAUGUUCUGCUCCUGUGAAACGUGGCCACUCAAAACCGUCUCUACGGAAUCUUCUGAAAUCUCUUACAAGCUCGAAGAAGCCUUCUCCAUCUACAGACUGAAACUACUGCGGAAAUAGCCAACCCACUUUUGUUUAGUGUUUCCGGUUUGGCUAGUGAGCCACCGAACCGUCAUGUAUGUGUGUAUAUUUUGUUAAAGCCAAACUCUGAAUUCACUUUUUUCAUUCGAUACAUUGUGGCCAAUUACUUUUGUGAUUAUUGAUUAAUAAUUUGUCCAUAUAAUCUUCCAAUUUUCAAAUUUGUUCCCAUUUUCUCAAUUUCAAAUAAAAACCGAGCUGUACAUAGUUUGAAUGAAAACGACGCGUGAGGUCGUUUCGCUUGCUUUUUCUCUCCCUCCCCUUUUCCGCGUCAUUUCCAUUCCUUCAAAACAGCAAUAGGUAUUCUCAUCUCCAAAUAAACACA